AUGCAAGAACAAUUCAGUCAAAUCUACCGCUUGGCUGGGGCCAUUUUGAGCUCGACGAUCCCGAAGUCUUCCAGUCGCGCAAUUUUGCCAGCCUUUUCGCCUCGUGAACCUGACUUCCGGACAGCCGAAGACGACGGCAUGUCUGAGGCGGGUGUCAACGUGGACGCGUCGUCAGGGCCGCUGUGGAGCCACUGCCUGGUCGACCGUCAGGCGCUGACAGCGGGCGUCGGUCUGCUGCAGGAGGGCCGUCAGCCCGAGCCUCAGGCCGACGCAGAUUGGCUCCGCGGUCUGCAGACCGGCGGGGGGGGG